CACCGAGGUCAGACGAAAUGCCAUUAUCCUAUCCCCUGUCAUAAUCAAACCAUUGAGUGUGAUCUAGUAUUUCACUUCUCACACAUGGAGUGCACCAACAGACUACGUUGAAGUAGAUAUUAUUACUAUUAUUAUCAUAAUUAUAGUGCUGUAACGAGGACUAACUAACAGAGCAGAGGACUGCACAGGAAUACACGGAGAUUCUUUUGGAAGUACAAACACAAUAAUCAUCACAUACGCGGCAAACAUCUACUCUAUGUAGACUUCUUCGAUGAAACGAUUUUAUAAACUUCAAGUGAAUAAGCUCGUAACACUUGAAGGAGGCAACAACUUAGCGUAGCUGCAUGGUCGUGAUGGUGAAAAGUAUAUCGAGUUCGGAAUAAACAAAAAGAACUCUUAAACCAGGUUAACGUCGUGCGAAGGACAAAACUUGUGUUUUCUUUCAUGUGACAGUCAUCGCCAAGUCUCAUAUCUCGAUUCAAAAGAAGGAUACAAAAUCAGGAGUUGACGUCAUAAAGGUGUGUUAAGAACGUGAUAAUGAUCUCAUCCAUGAGACACGUCAUCUACUCCAUAUACGAAGCACUUGACGUGCAACAAUUAAGACCGUUCCAGAAACUUUUAUGAAUUGUGAGCAUCUUCAAGGCUAUUCGGACCACGUUGAUAUUAUUUUUGCAUUUUGCUUCCCUUUAAAGCUCACCUUUGCCACCAUCCAAGUUUAAACAAGUUCAUUUGUAUUUACUUCAAGGCCAAUUACGACUAGUAUUGGCAAAGAUCGGGUCAUCUAACCGAAUAGCCACAAUAGUCAAUACCGAAUAAUGACCUUGAUAAGUUCGGAAAAUUUCGACGCCGCAACCGUCACGCCCUUUCGCGGCAUUUCGUAGUGUCGUCUGCUAGCAGUUUCAAUUUUUUUUUCAGACAGACCUACGCAUGGAGAUUACAUGAACGACAGGGCACGCCAUUCGUAUCUAUUCUUUAUCAAGGUUUUGUUUUGUCAUAUCAAUAUUGAUCAUUCGGCUUUAAAGCGCACCUCCGCAUUUUGUAUACAAUUUGCAUCGAGUCGAGUAGAAUAGCACACAAACACAGAACAUGGCGAUCAAAUAGAAGAGUCGAUGUCAUCGUGAUAACAUGAAUGUUCGUUUAUUCUUUACACCUCUAUUUUGCCCUCGGCAGAAUAAUCUCUAGUCGCUUUGACUGUGUCAUCACCGAUACAACUUUAAAGAGUGGAUAUCAUUUUAUAGAAGGUUGGUUAACCCUGACAUCGUUUUGGAUGUAUCGGACUAUGACCAGGCGCUGAUAGUUUGGUGUUUUCUCGGUUCCCUUGCUGGGACAUGGCUGCUAUGUUUGAUGAUUUGCUCCUGUCCGCCAUUUUGAUAGGAGAUAUCGCGACGGGAAAGUCCUCUCUGGUAACUCGCUGUGCAGAAGGGACCUUUGAUGAUGCACCCAUUGUAACUACAGGUGUCGAUUUUAGCAUAGCCAGGCUGAGGUUGCGCGGGGCCACCAAGGUGCGACUCCAGCUAUGGGACACGACGGGCCAAGAGAGGUACCACGCCAUCACCUCCCAGUACUACCGCAGGGCCAUGGGCGUGGUCCUGGUCUUUGACGUCACAAGGAAAGACACCUUCGAACACCUCAAGGAGGUCUGGAUCCCCUUGGCGAUAGAGUAUGCUGACCCGGAAGCAGUAUGGAUGGUGCUGGGCAACAAAGUGGACCUUGCUGAUUGGCGUGAAGUCAGCAUAGAAAAUGGUCACGAGCUUGCAAUGUGCCUUGGAUGUCCUUACUUAGAGGUCAGCGCUCGAGAAAAUCACCUUGUGUUCGAUGCCUUUCAUAUUCUUGCCAAUCAAAUCCUGAAAUUUACGUAUCCUAAGCUUAACCCCUGUGCCAGCCCGAGAGCGAAGAGCAUCAAGCUCGAGGAGGAGCAUGACAAGCCAAGCUGUUGCAGAUGACAACACGACCGCCAUCAUGCUCCGACGUCGUACAGGGUCGAUGACGAUGACGCACCCCGGGUGUAUCGACGUCGUUGUCGGAUUCCGACUGAAAUGGUUUCGAUCACCAUCUUGCCUUGAGGCCGAUUUUGUUUUCGAUGUGGAAGAAAAUACAAAUCGCAUCAGUUACGUAGAAGGCGACAGAACCCUACUGGAUUUUGGUGACACGUGACACUCAGACGAUCAUGCCGCGAAGUCGAGGUCAUUGUCAGCAUGGAAAGAAAGAAAGAUCCAACUUGAGAUUCAUUACAAAAUCAUCGAUGGAUUCCUUUGAAACCUUUUUUAUAUAACAUCUUGCUUCGAGGUCGAUUUUCUUUUGUCGAUGUUAAAGAACAUACCAAUAACAUUAUUUGUAGACAUCGACGAAUCCUUACUAGAUUAUAUUCGAACAAUCAUCACGCCACGCGGUCGGGGGUCAUUGUUGACCCUCCCGAACUUUCCCGAUCUUACCCGAUCACUAUCAUCCUCCUCGUCGUCGUUAUCGUCGUGGUCAUUGUCGGUAUCGUAGAAUAUUCCACUGACAUUAACGAGGAAGUCAUUGGCGGGUUCCUACUUGAACUUUCUCUCCGAACGCGCGGGCGUGUUCGUCGAGUAAGCGAAGAGGGUUUAACCGUUUUGGGUUUUAUGUCAAACAUGGAAACGGAAGCUGAUAUUUCAGUUUUUGAGUAUAAAUAGUUGAUAGUAAAAUUAGUGGCUUGUGUCAUUAUUUUGAAACAAACGUGUCCUCGAGUGAGUCGAGAUGUGUGUUCUAAAUUUGAACACCUCCAUGUUUUGUUUGUCAGAGGGCUUAGGGGCAUGAGUGUACGUAUUCUCUCUUUUUCGCUCACCAGAAUUUUAAGAACUGAGUAUCCCCAUCAAAAAUAUCCUUGGAUCCGCAACAAACUACAAAGGUUGAAUUUGAGGAUGGCAUUUUUAUACUUUAUUUCAAACACCCAUUUCGUCACUGAAAUUGUGAAUUUCUUAAACAAACACAUCCAUUUAGUGUAGGCAUAAUAUGUGUAUGUGAGAAAAUAGAGGACUAAAAUGAACAGUUGUAUGUACUUAAUUCUUCUUGUGAAAUAUUGUUUCUCUUGGUCGCUUUGAAUUU